AUACGAACCGCACUAAAAAGAAUGUUCUACAUACGUGGACAGUGUUACUGUACGUAAGACUUACAUAGGAUAUAAGUGUUUACUUAUUAAACGUUUUUCUUAUACUUAAAAUAUAUUUUAAAACGAAGAGAGAACAAAAAAUAACUAUGGCGGAAACAGACGAUAAAAAGGUUUUAAAGAUGUCUUUAAUUUGUUCAAUAUGUCUUCAAAGGCUUAAUAAACCACGUUCGCUUCCAUGUUUCCACACGUUCUGUGAAUCGUGCCUAAAGAAUUACCUAGUUAACGCGCCAGAGAAGAAAAACGCGACCAAAGAGGGUAUACCAUGUCCUACUUGUAAACUGGUAACAUUUUCGCCCAAACCUGCGUUACCAGUUGAACAGUGGUCGGAGCAUUUUCCGAUGAAUCAUUUGGUCGGGACUCUGGUAGAUAUUGUACCAGUAUCUUCACGGUUAGAGUUUUGUGAGCCCUGUAAAGACAACAAGGAAUCCAAAAUAGCCAGGUCCUGGUGUCAGCAGUGUUCAGAGGCAUUGUGUGAAGAAUGCGCAAAAUGUCAUAUGUCUAUGAAAGCAACAAAAAAUCACGAGAUCACGCCGUUAGAAAAUGUCCGAAGUAAUCCGAAACCGGCAGUGAAAGAAGAGGUCAUUUGCUACGAACAUAACAAGAAAGAAGUGGACAUGUAUUGUCAAGAUCACGAGCAACCAUGCUGUCCAAUGUGUAUAGCUACUAAUCACCGGACAUGUCAAAAAGUGGCACAAAUUAAUGAUGUGGUGCAGAAAGAGGAACCUAUUGACAACACGAAACUUUUCAAAGACAUGGAAAGCCUGAUCACCGAAGCUGACAGUAUCAAACGUGAAAGGCAAGAGGUAAUGAGAAAUACCCUAAUGCAAAAGACGAAAAUGCUACAAGACAUAAGCGACGCUAAAAAGAAGUUGAUCGACCACAUUGAGAAGAUAGAAUCGCAAAUUACAGCCAAAUUCGAGGCGAUCACGCAAACAGACUUUGCGAUCAUGCAGGAACAGGUUGACUAUUGCAACAGUGUUCAGAGCGCGAUGCAUCAUUCCAAAACUGCUAUUCAAUCUGCAAGAGAGCAAAAACUUAUUAAAAAAGAAUUCAUCGUAUCACAUCAAGGGAAAGUUAAAUACAACGAAUGCUCAGGCGGUCUGAAGAAAAUCCACGAGAAUUCCGCGAAAAUUAAAUAUCUGUUUGAGGAAGACCGCCAAGUAGCAGAAACUCUCGGGGCCCUUGGUAUCCUCGGAAAACUGGAUAUUAAACAUAGUUACCCAAACAAGAAACCGCUAACACCACCACCACCACCUACACCUGUUGCUGAGGAAGAUGACGAAAAAAAGGCGACAAGAAAAAUAAAAACAUUUAACGCUAAGGUUAAAGGUGACAAGAGAGAAUGUAAAAUUACAGCCAUUAAGCUCUGGAACAACAAAAAAGUUCUACUAGCGGAUAAUUCGAAUGUUCGUCUUAAAAUGUUUGGAGAAUUUGGUGACCUUUUGGUGACAUUCAACUGUAGCACACCGCCAUGGGAUUUGACCUUCAUCGACAAAGCAAAAUGUGCAGUUACCUUUCCAAACGAAAGGAGGAUACGCAUCUUCAAGGUCAACGAACAUAUAUCUGAGGUUGGAUACGUCUCUGCAUCCCGUGGCUGCAACGGUAUCUGUAUGGCUGGUGACGACUUGGCCGUAACGUUUGCAAGCGGCUGCAUUCGAAUUAUCGCCCUUGACGGAGCUGUCAAAAUGAUGGUCGAUACGGACUACAUUGGCAAACGUGUAUUCAGCAACCCAGAGUUUAUAGCCUUCAACCCGUUCAGUUGUCAUUUGUUUGUGUCAGACUAUAACAACCAUACUGUCACUGCCCUAAAGUACGAAAACGGCAAAGUAAACAAGACACCACUCUUUGUCUACAAAGUAUCCGGACCACGAGGGGUGAGUGUAGAUUCUCGAGGCAAUUUACAUGUGUGUGGAUUUUGGUCCAACGACAUCCACAAAGUAAAAGACGAUGGCCAGUUCAGUCAGAUACUAAUGGACACAUUAGCAAGACCAUUAUGUAUAGCUUUUACGGCAGAUGGAGAAAAGUUUGCCCUAUCUGAACAAGGGAAUCCCAACAGCGUGAAACUUUUCAAGAUCAUUCCGGCUUCUGACGUUGAAGACUACUGAGUGAUAUCAUAAUUAAUAAGUGACAAAUGUUUGGAGAGUUGUCUAAUUUGCCUAAACUACACAUUAGCUGAAAUGUAAACUACACACCAGCUCUACUGUAAAAUGCACAUUAGCACUACUGUAAAAAUACACAUUAACACUACUGUAAACUGCAAAUUAGCACUACUGUAAACUGCACAGUAGCACUACUGUAAACUACACAUUAGACCAACUGUAAAUACACAUAAGCACUACUGUAAACUACACAUCAGUACUAUAAGCUACAAUAAGCUACACAUUAGAUUUACUGUAAACUACAUCUCAACACUACUGUAAACUACACAUUAGACCAACUGUAAACUGCACAUUAGUUCAACUUUAAACAACACAUUAGACCAACUGUAAACUACACAUUAGCUCUACUGUAAACUACACAUUAGCUAUACUGUGAACUACACAUUAGCUCUACUGUAAACUGCACAUUAUAUCAACUGUAAACUACACAUUAGAUCUACUGUAAACUACCCAUUAGUUCUACUACACAAAAUGGAUUGUGACUUACGAUUACAUUAAAAGAAACAUUUUUCAGUUUGUAAACAUUAAAUUACUAAUCACAGUGAAUAAUAAAUCUUUAAAGAUAUAAACAUGUAUAUAUAUAUAUAUGUUUUAUACAUGCGGUCGUGUAUCAGCUGACGAAGCUAAUAAAGCGAAACAUGUAUUGAU